AUGGCUCUCCCAGCGGAUCAAGUCUAUCGGUCGACACUGAACAGCUACCAGAAUAUUAUGGAACAGUUCAAUCCCGGACUCCAGAAUCUCGUGUUCCUCGGCACCAACUUUGUCAGAGCUUUUAGAAUGUUGGCCACAGCAGCUAACGCCUAUUUCGUUGCGGUUGGGAAAUUCGGCGAACAGGCCUUGGAGACGUCCACGUCACAAACCUUGGGUCAGAUCUUGCUGCAGAUGACAGAUACGCAGAGGCAACUGAGCAAUGACCUGGAAGUAAUUUUUCGGAGAUUCAAUGAUGAUUUGCUACGGGAAAUGGACCGUAAUAUGCAGUUGGACGUAGAGUACUUAACUGAGAGCAAACGGCGAUUUGAAAUGGAACAUAGGAAGCGGACUGAAGCCCUCGGAGGUGCAAAUGCAGAGCUGCAGCGAUUGGAGAGGAUGAGGAGCACACAGACCAGGGACAUGCGGGAGAAGAUCUACAAUCUGGAGGCCAACAUGGAAUCAUUCCUCAAGAGCAGUUACAGACAGGCCCUGGCUGAAGAGAGGCGGCGUUAUCGGUUCUUAGCUGAGAAACACUUUCAUCUUUCAAAUCAGUUCCUCAGCUUCUACAGCAAGGCCCGAGAGGUUCUCCAUAACAAAGUUCCAGGAUGGAGGGAACACACCAAAUCUGUGCCUUCUAGCGACAUCUCCGGCAGAGUGAGUCCACGGCCCGCUUCCAUGGGAAUGGCCCUCCAUAUGCAUUCUACUGGUGUUUUGUACUCCAUCAUCAGCAGCCUGCUUUUCACACCAGAUUGUCGUCCAGUGGACUGCCCGGAAACCUCUAAGAAAGCAAGGAAGUUGAGGAGUGAUCUGAUAGAGGUGUACAAGGCUAUGCCAGGUUUAGGUGGAGUAGAUAAAAAUGACGACAACAUUUCGAGAUGCAGUAAUGUUGCCAGCCCUCAACCAUUGAGACGAUCAAGCUUUGAGGGUCGUCUGUCCAGGUCUGGUUCGCUUGGAGAGAAGAUCAACGCAAUGAACAGUCCCCGUGUCCAGGCCAUAGUCUCGUACACUGCUGGAGGCAAUCAAACCAUGUUAAGUUUCGAGAAAGGGGAAAUCAUCGCAAUAUUGGUGCCAGAGGCAAAGAAUGGCUGGCUUUAUGGAAAGUUGGAAGGAACGCCCAAGGCAUUUCCUUUGCGGAACAGCCGCAGUGCCGAGGAUCUGUUGGAUGUUAAGGAUUACUCGUUGCCGCCUGCGGAUUACAACAGCAGCACAAUCCCUGUGCCGCCUGCACCACCACUGCCUUCCAGCUCCUCCACGAGGAGGCAGAACCCGGCCUCUCCAAUCUCGAGCAGCAGGAGGAACAGUACAGCCAGUCUGGCCGUGUCGGAGAAUGGUCGGAGCAGAAUCUUAAGCAGCACAGAUACCCAGCCAGAGUUGUUUCCACGGGGAACCAAUCCUUUUGCCACUGUGAAGCUCCGGCCUACUGUUACCAAUGACCGAUCAAAACCAUUUGUGAGAUAA